CGCGCCAAUGGCCGGCCUCCUUUCUGCGGGUCUCCGUGGCUAUUUAAAGGCGCUCGGUGCGGUGGUCCGGGGUGUGUAUCGUGCAGCGGACAUGGCCAGCCACCUCCAGCUCAACAAUGGCGCCCAGAUGCCCGUCCUGGGCUUGGGCACUUGGAAGUCUCCCCCCGGCCAGGUGACUGAGGCCGUGAAAAUUGCAAUUGAUGUUGGGUACCGCCACAUCGACUGCGCCCAGGUGUACCAGAAUGAGAAGGAGGUAGGGGUGGCCCUCCAGGAGAAGCUCAAGGAGCAGGUAGUGAAGCGCCAGGACCUCUUCAUCGUCAGCAAGCUGUGGUGCACGUUCCACGACAAGAGCAUGGUGAAGGGAGCCUGCCAGAAGACACUCAGUGACCUGCAGCUGGACUACCUGGACCUCUACCUUAUUCAUUGGCCGACGGGCUUCAAGCCUGGCCCUGACUACUUCCCACUGGAUGCGUCUGGCAACGUGAUUCCCAGUGACACCGAUUUUGUGGACACCUGGACGGCCAUGGAACAGCUGGUGGAUGAAGGCCUGGUGAAAACAAUUGGCGUUUCCAACUUCAACCAUCUCCAGAUUGAGAGGAUCUUGAACAAACCCGGCUUAAAGUACAAGCCAGCAGUCAACCAGAUCGAGUGCCACCCAUACUUGACAGGGGAGAAGUUGAUCCAGUAUUGCCAUUCCAAGGGCAUUGUGGUGACUGCCUAUAGUCCUCUCGGUUCUCCUGACAGGCCCUGGGCCAAGCCUGAGGACCCAUCUAUUCUGGAGGAUCCCAGAAUCAAGGCGAUUGCAGACAAGUACAAUAAAACCACAGCUCAGGUGCUGAUCCGGUUCCCCAUACAAAGAAAUCUGGUGGUGAUCCCCAAGUCUGUGACACCAGCACGCAUAGCUGAGAACUUCAAUGUCUUUGACUUUGAGCUGAGCAGCGAGGACAUGGCCACCUUACUCAGCUACAACAGGAACUGGAGAGUCUGUGCCUUGGUGAGCUGCGCCAACCACAAGGAUUACCCCUUCCACGCGGAGUUCUGAAGCUGUGGAUAAUCCUCUUCCCCAAGGGACUUGGACCUGUUCCUCCCGACUCAGUGUCCUUGCAAGUGUAGGGUGUCCCCGUGUCCCUCAGCAGGAGGCAACAGCUGGCAGACCAGACCCUGAGGCAUGUUAGCUUGCUGUGGGCUCUGAAGAGCAGCGUCUGUAGACUAGGUUUCUCUCCCGGUCCUUUCUCUGUCUUUCUUCUUGCCUACCUGGGUAAAGUUCAAACUGACUACCUUUUUCCGACCCAAGAGAAGCAAGACCUAUGGUCAAAAUAGUGCCACUAACAGUUAAGGUUUGAGUGCUUGGAACUGUGACCCUUUCAACCAGACUUCUGUUUGCCUCAAAUAAAAAAGCGCUUUUGUGACCUUG